UCCCGCCCCGCCGCCAGGCUGCGCCGCGCGCUCCGCCGAGCGGGGGAGGGGAGCGGCGGCAGCGCGGUGCCUUGGCCCCCCCGCUCCCCGAGCCUGCCCGGAGGAAUAGGGGCCCUCGAAACCCCGCCGGGAGCGCGGCCGGCAUGAGCCAGGUGCCGAGGAAGCUGCAGGAGGAGGAAGAGGGGGACGAGGAGGAGGAAGAGGAGGAGGAGAUCGUGGGCUUGGCGGGCUACGCCGAUGGGGCCGAGUCUUUCUCGGACGGCGACGCGGAGAGCGGCGGCGAUGAGGCGUUUUUGGAUUUCAAUGAUCCCUUCAGUACUGAAGUUAAGCCGAGAAUCCUCCUCAUGGGAUUGAGAAGAAGUGGGAAGUCUUCCAUUCAGAAAGUUGUCUUUCACAAAAUGUCGCCGAAUGAGACUCUCUUCUUGGAGAGCACAAACAAGAUCUGCAGAGAAGAUGUUUCCAACAGCUCCUUUGUCAACUUUCAGAUAUGGGAUUUUCCUGGGCAAAUUGACUUCUUCGACCCUACGUUUGACUAUGAGAUGAUUUUCAGAGGCACUGGAGCACUGAUAUUUGUUAUUGAUUCUCAGGAUGAUUAUAUGGAAGCAUUAGCUCGGCUGCAUCUUACUGUUACCAGAGCCUAUAAAGUGAAUCCAGAUAUCAAUUUUGAAAUCUUUAUCCAUAAAGUGGAUGGUUUAUCUGAUGAUCACAAGAUUGAAACACAAAGAGAUAUUCAUCAAAGGGCAAAUGAUGACCUUGCAGAUGCUGGAUUGGAGAAGAUUCACCUCAGCUUUUAUCUGACAAGCAUAUAUGAUCAUUCUAUAUUUGAAGCAUUUAGCAAAGUGGUACAGAAACUGAUUCCACAGCUCCCAACACUGGAAAACCUGCUUAACAUCUUUAUUUCAAAUUCUGGGAUUGAAAAAGCAUUUUUAUUUGAUGUAGUCAGUAAGAUCUAUAUUGCAACGGACAGUACUCCAGUGGAUAUGCAAACUUACGAGCUCUGCUGUGAUAUGAUAGAUGUUGUGAUUGACAUUUCUUGUAUAUAUGGGCUAAAAGAUGAUGGCACUGGAACUCCUUAUGACAAGGAAUCAAUGGCAAUCAUAAAACUGAACAAUACAACUGUCCUUUAUUUAAAAGAGGUGACAAAAUUCCUUGCUCUUGUUUGUUUUGUCAGAGAAGAAAGCUUUGAGAGAAAAGGAUUAAUAGACUACAAUUUCCAUUGUUUUCGAAAAGCCAUACAAGAAGUAUUUGAAGUGAGAAUGAAAGUAGUGAGAUCUCGAAAACAUCAAAGCCACAUGCAAAAAAACAAAAGACCAACUCCCAAUGGGACGCCAAGAAUGCCACUGUAACUGAGGUUUUCUGGCAAUGUGGCAAGGAAAGUUUUCAUGAAGUUGAUGUGACUUCUGCAUCUCAUUGCACUGAGUGAAGAGGAAGACAAACGGGACUGAUGUAUUACAUGAAUUUUCCCUGAACGUUCAGAAAGCACUGUUUAAUAUUUUUAUCCAAUCAGUUUUUUCAUAUAGUGAGCACUUUGAGCAAAAUGUUGUAUAUAUAUAAGCAUUGAGGUGAACACUUGUAAGAAUUUUCUUAAUAUAUGCUGUAAACCUUUUUCAUGCCAUAUUAAGAAAAAACAGCUGUGACAGAAAUACUGGGUACAUAAUUUGCACUUUUUCAUGUUUUUCUUGUGGAGUUGGACUUUGAUAAACUUAGUUUUUAUGGUGAUUUUGAUGCAUGGUGUCAGGUAAAAUGUAUGCUGUAGUUUAUUUACCUGCUACAAUCAAAUUGGUUAGUAAACAAUUAAGAAAACUUGGUACAAUGCCUUUUAAAAUUUGUGACAGCUAAUACCUAACAUUCAUACAGAUCUAAUUUCGUAUAUUUUUCAAUUUGUAAACUGAAGAAUAAUUUUGAAGUAUUAUAGCAAUAAGCGCCUUACCAGGGAUCAUAACUGGUAGGUAAAUAUUAGCUUUUAUAAAACAAAUAGCCUUUUGGCCAAAUUUCAUCCGGAGUUCUCCAUAACACUGGUCAUGCCCUCUGUUGGGUCUGUUUUUAUUAUUUACCUCAGCAUAUACCACUAAAAUACCUUUCUAUAAAGAUAUUUGUUUUGUAAAAUGGC